GGUCUUCGAAGAAGGGCGUCAAUAUGGAGGGGCGCCCGGGGAUGUGCAGGUCUGUAGGGGAUCAGGGUGGUGGCCAGCGGGUUGGGCAGAGCCCAUCGAGAAGUUCAAGGUUGUCAGAGCGGUCUGGGUACACGCACCUGCCACCGCACUUGCAACCUCUGCCGGACACGUCCGACGAGGAGGCGGAGGACAGACGGUCACGGACCGUGCCGCUGGGAAGCGGGUCCACCCAAGAGUGGGCGGCUACAGAGCUUUGUGGAAGCCGCGACGGCGGUAAUGGGCAGUCGUACACCGAACUCCUCCGGCAGGGGCUGAGUGGCGACGAAGGCGAUGGCGACGUGAAUCUGUUAUUCGGGCUGUGUAGCGGGAGGUCGUCCGCCGCCUCGCGAACGGUCAUCGUCAACCACCAUCCCGAUGACGACGGCGGGCAAGUGACGGCUGUUGCGCGGUCAUCAAAGUCUCCAGCGCCGGUCCGGGAGGCGUCGGGGAACAACAUGGAUCCUCCGAGGCAGCAAUACCGGUCGCCGUCUGUGUCGAGAGGUGCCUCGGCUCACUCCCUGUGGAUGCAAUCUCCGUCUCCCCUAUCCGCCAGUUCGACUGCCCCCCCUCGUCAAGGCGAAUGCGGGGAGACGGAUUGUGGCAUUGCCGAUGUUGGUGAUGCACGUGACGGGAGGGAGGUGUGGGCAAAACAGCGACGGAUGCUUCAUCCACGGCGGGAGGAAUCCAUAACUCGGGGGGUGCAGCGACUGCGUGUGGGGGAGGAGGAAAACGACGGCGACGCACCUGCGGUGGGCACGGACGAUCAGGAGUGGAACGACGACGACGGUGAAGGCGGGGAGGACGACGGUGAAGGCGGGAAGACGAGGGCGUGUGCUCGCAAUGGUCGUCGGGGGAAAAAAGCGGCGGGGAAAGGGAGCGAUGCCGAAGGUGACGCUGAUGCGGAAGGAGGUCGUCACUUCUGGUCCGUCGACGACAUGAUAGCCCUCAUCCGGGCUAAACGUGACCAGGACGAGCAUCUGCAGGGGAUGGGUACCCCGUAAGCUCGUUUUUUUUUUUUUUUUUUUUUUUUUACAAAAAAACAGCCCAAGGAAGUGAUAGUGGUGUUGGUAGAAGCAGACACCACUACUACUUCUCAUGGCGGCUCCGUUUAUUGGUGGGGAGCGACACCUGCUGGAAACCGGGUCCAGCGUCCCUUCACAUCGUAAUAUUUCACAUGUUUAUGCAAACCCCACUGCAAACCCCACUGCUAGUCCUACCCUUCUUCCGAGUACAAUAUGCACGUCUAAUCCUUGAGAACAAAUAGACUUUGCUAGA